AUGACGUACCCCGACGACGGCAUCGGCGCGAAUGCUAGCGGACUCAAUUCGGAGGGCGAUGACGCGUACCGACCGUUCUCGCUGUUCAGCGUGCUCACCCUAACGCUGCUGGCCAUGCUGGCCGUAGCCACCUUCGUGUGGAAUCUUCUGGUGUUGGUGACCAUCCUGCGGGUGCGCACCUUCCACCGGGUGCCGCACAACUUGGUGGCGUCCAUGGCCAUAUCCGACGUAAUGGUGGCGGCGCUAGUCAUGCCGCUGAGUCUGGUGCAUGAGCUCAACGGACGAUUGUGGAAGCUGGGCCGCGUUCUAUGCCAGGUGUGGAUCUCCUUCGACGUGCUGUGCUGCACGGCCAGCAUCUGGAACGUGACGGCCAUCGCUCUGGACCGAUACUGGUCCAUCACACGCCACCUGGAGUACACGCUGAAGACGCGCAAGAAGAUCUCCAAUGUGAUGAUCGCGCUCACCUGGCUGCUGUCGUCCAUCAUCUCGCUCUCGCCGCUCUUCGGCUGGGGCGAGACGUACACCGAGGAGGGUAAGAAGUGCCAGGUGAGCCAGGAGCUGUCCUACACUAUCUUCUCCACCUUCGGCGCCUUCUAUCUGCCACUUUGUGUGGUGCUCUUCGUCUACUGGAAGAUCUACAAGGCGGCCAAAUUCCGGAUCGGAUCCCGCAAGAGCAACACCAUUACGCCCAUGGCAGAGGCAAUAGAUGUGAAAGAGGAAGCGCGGCAGCCCCAGAUGGUGUUCACGGCGCGUCACGCCACCGUUACUUUCCAGACAGAUGGCGACACGUGGCGCGAGCAAAAGGAGAAGAAGGCGGCGCUCAUGGUCGGCAUCCUGAUCGGCGUCUUCGUGCUUUGCUGGAUCCCAUUCUUCAUCACCGAGCUUAUCGGGCCCCUGUGUGCUUGCGACAUCCCGCCCAUCUGGAAGAGCAUCUUCCUGUGGCUCGGCUAUUCCAACUCCUUCUUCAACCCGCUCAUCUACACCGCCUUCAACAAGAACUACAACAACGCCCUAAGGAACCUCUUCUCCAGGCAGCGUUGA